AUGCCUUAUUUUCAAAUGCAAAGCACUAAAAUCCCUUCUGCUGUCUGUAAAGAAAUUGAAAGAAUUCAACGGGACUUCAUUUGGGGUGACCAUGAUGGAAUUCGUAGGAAUCAUUUAAUAAAUUGGAAGACUAUUACCUUGCCUAAGAGUGCUGGAGGUCUGGGGUUUAAGAAGCUGGAAUUGAUGAAUGAUGCGUUUAUGGCUAAGAUGGCUUGGGAAGUUUUCAAUGAUAAAGACCAGCUUUGGAUUCAGGCUCUCAAAGCCAAAUAUGCAGCAGAUAAUAGAGGAUCUCUUUGUUUUGUGCAGAAAAGUGGAGUUUCGAUUUUAUGGAGGAAUGUGUGUAGAAUGUGGUGUUCUCUGAAUGAGUUUCUUGGCUGGAGUUUGGGUGAUGUCUCCCUCAUACUCUUGAUAUUAAUCUCAAUAAGAAUAUGCUCUGCUGUUUCGUCUAAAAAUUCAGCACACAACACUUUCGUUCAUUGCCUUGUAAAUUAUUCUGAGCCCUCACACCCCAUAACUUCAGCAAUUUUCACCCCAAACAAUUCCUCAUUCUCUUCUGUAUUACAAGCCUACAUUAGAAACCUUCGUUUCAACACCUCCACGACCCUUAAGCCAUUCCUUAUAGUCACUGCAUCGCAUGUGUCACAUGUACAAGCAGCCAUUAUUUGUGCUCAAAAGCAUAACUUGCUAAUGAAAAUCAGAAGUGGAGGCCACGACUAUGAAGGGGUGUCUUAUGUAGCUGAGGUACCAUUUUUCAUCCUUGACAUGUUCAAUCUCCGAGCCAUUGAUGUUAAUGUAUGCAAUGAAACAGCUUCAGUACAAGCUGGUGCAACCCUUGGUGAAGUUUAUUAUAGAAUUGCUGAGAAAAGUAAGAUUCAUGCUUUCCCAGCUGGUGUUUGUCCCACUGUUGGCGUAGGAGGACACGUAAGUGGUGGUGGCUAUGGUAAUUUGAUAAGAAAAUACGGUUUAUCAGUUGAUAAUGUUAUUGAUGCAGAAGUAGUUGAUGUUCAUGGAAGAUUGCUUGAUAGAAAAUCUAUGGGCGAAGAUCUCUUUUGGGCUAUUAGAGGUGGUGGUGGAGCUAGUUUUGGUGUGGUUUUUUCUUACAAAUUCAAGCUGGUUAGAGUUCCUGAGAUAGUCACUGUUUUUGAAGUUAGAAGGACCCUGGAGCAAAAUGCAACGGAUAUAGUUUACAAAUGGCAACAUGUAGCUCCAAAAAUUGACAAUGACCUCUUCAUUAGGCUUAUUUUGGAUGUGGUAAAUGGGACUCAAAAUGGAACUAAGACUGUAAGGGCUACAUUCAUUGCCUUAUUCCUUGGUGACUCCAAAAGGCUUCUUACUCUAAUGAAUGAGAGUUUUCCUGAAUUGGGUUUGAAGCAAUCAGAUUGCAUUGAAACAAGUUGGUUACAAUCAGUGUUGUUUUGGACAAAUAUUGAUAUUGCUACACCUAUUGAGAUUUUACUAGAUAGACAACCUCAAUCACUCAACUACUUGAAAAGGAAAUCUGAUUAUGUAAAGAAAGUAAUUUCCAAAGAGGGUUUGGAAGGGAUUUGGAAGAAGAUGAUUAAAUUGGUGGGUGCAAUACUAUAUUUCAAUCCUUAUGGUGGAAUCAUGGAUGAGGUUUCGUCUACAGCCACUCCUUUUCCUCAUCGAGCUGGGAACCUUUGGAAGAUCCAAUACCAAGCAAAUUGGAAUCAAGCUGGGAAAGAGGUAGCAGAUCACUACAUAAGUUUGACAAGAAAACUUCAUAAAUAUAUGACUCCUUAUGUGUCCAAGAAUCCAAGACAGGCUUUCUUAAAUUAUAAGGAUCUUGAUUUGGGUAUCAACAAUAAUGGUAAGAACAGCUACUCUGAAGGCAGAGUUUUUGGAGUCGAGUAUUUUACGGAGAACUUCAACAGGUUGGUUCGAAUCAAAACUCUGGUUGAUCCCGGCAAUUUCUUCAGGAGCGAACAAAGCAUCCCUACGCUGCCAUUUCGCAAGUGGUGGAAUCACGGAGGGGCUAUGAGGGGCAAUUGUCCUCCUUUAAUUUUAUCAAACCUUUAUCUUAGACUAUAUUCAGAUUUUAAAGAAAUGUAG